AUUCGUGAUCAGUGUUUCGCAGAUUCGCGAGAUUUUUUCAAUCUCUUGGCGCUGUUUUUACCAAAAAUUCACUUUGUUAUAGAAAACUGAAAACAAAAUUAUCCUGGAAUGACGGAAAAUCGAAAUGAACCAAGUCUGAGUCAGUAUUUCGCGAACGAUCCGCCCAGUUUCUUCGACCACCUCGCUGGGAAGGAUGGUGGCAAAACUUCUGCUCCGAUUCCGGAGCCGUACGCUUCGUACGAUUUCCUUCAGGCGGGUGCAUCAGCCGUUGAUCCAAAAUCCAACAUUCCGGACAACGUUCGAGAUCUGUGGGAGCUGCCGGUGGUGGAACCGGGGGUGUCUCCGUCGCUCACAAUGCCCGGAGUGAGUGUGGCCACCGAUCUGAACGAUCCGGUCCACGAAGCUGUGAGUGUGCUGGUGGAUCCGGUGGAGGCACAGCACAGAAAAAUUCUGUCGCCGAAUGACGUUACUCAGGACGAGCGCGGAUUGAGAGAACUGAUUGAGCACGGAUGCUUCCGGUCGGCGGUAAAUCUGACUGCGCGGCUGCUGACAAUCAAACAGCAGGGAUUUGGCCGGGCCGGAUAUACGGUGAAGCACUCGCCGAAUUCGUUACAGCUGUGGUUCACACGGUUGGCACUGUUGGUCAAGCUGGGACAGUUUGAGAUUGCCCGUGUCGAGGCGGAACCAUUCGGGUCGCUGAAUAAGCCGGAUGUGUUCUAUGAGUUCUAUCAUCCGGAUAUGCACUCGAACAGAAAGGGAUCGAUGGCCUCGUUUUCGUUUCGGUUGCUGCUGGCGGAACUACCGAUUUAUUUGGGUUCUCCGCGUGUUGCCUUGGAUCGUCUGACGGAGAUGUUGGCCAUUGCCAGUCAAAUAUGUAACUAUUUCGAACGACUUCCGGAGAGUGAGGCCAAUAAACAGUCGGCGCAGUUCUGGCAUUUGCGGGAGAAGCGGAUUCUACAUUCCAUUGUUAACUGCUCGCUUCUAUUGAAGGAUUUCAGUUUGACGGAUCAGCUGAUCCGAAGGCUGGUUGAUGACCCGGCGGCAUCGGUCGCCGAGAAGCGAUCACUCCUCUCUGCCUGGGGACGAAUUCGAUUGCAGUGCGGAGAUAUCUACGGAGCCGAAAAGAAAUUCUCCGAAGCAAAGCGACUGCGAGAGGGCGGCGAUCAAACCCUCCAGCCAGAUUUGCGCGAUUUGGUGGAUCGAGGAUUGUUGGCGGUUGCCCAAAAUGAUUUUCAAAGCGCUUUUGAUUUGUUCCAGAAAGCUUCGGCAUUGGAGCCGACCAACACCAUGCUCUACAACAACAUGGGCGUAUGUCUGCUCUACUCAGGAAAGCUGAAGGAAGCCAUCAAACUGUUUGAGAGUGCCGUCCAGCGAAAUCCGAAGCAGGCAUUGAACGAGUCGCUGCUGAUCAAUCUGUCCACACUGUACGAGCUGGAGUCGAACAAUGCCAAGGACAAGAAGAUUGGACUUCUCAAGAUGGUCAACAAGCACCGGGCGGAUUUGAGUGUGGGAUUAGACGUUUGUCUAAAGCUGCAGGUCAUCGCUUGAAGGCUUUAUUAUUACAAUGACUAGGAAAAGACAUAGCUUAACAGUUAAAAAUUAUCUAGUGUGUAGAAGAUAUAUCGAUAUAUUAUUAUAGUAUCUUAUCUUAUAUUUUACAUUUAAAUAGCAAAUAGUUGCAAUUAAAUACUUAAGAAAAAUUUCCAUUUUGUGUCAGAAAUAGAAUGAGAAUCAUUUAGACUA